AUGUCUCUGGUCAAUAACGACGACAACAAAGCAGCUGCUGGUGGUUAUCUCGAUUUGGCGCCAUUUUUCCCAUUGCUUUCCCCACCCGUCUCUCGAUCUAAAAAAGAAAUUCCCGUGCAAUCUGGGUGUCUUAAAGAAAAGGUUAAAAUCUUCGGAUUUACAGGGGCUAUCGCUGCCCAUGUUGGAUUCGUCAGAUUGAUACCCGCGACUGGGAGCUGGGCUGAAGAAAGUCAUCUAGAGCGGAGAAAGCGAGCAUCCGAGCCAGCCGCGAAAAUCCGCGCAAAGAUGGCCAAAGGUUCUCUAACACCAUACUUCAUGUCUUAA